GAUAUAUAUGGUAUUAAUGUACUUAGAAUAUUUUCUCGUAAUUGUAACGACUUAAGAAUCAAGAUUAAGGCAUGUCCAUUUUUGAAAUCCUAAUCACCCUUUAGGAGUCGACCUUCAGAAAUAUUUUCUGAGUCCUAGAUAGGGUAGCAAGAAACUCCAUCAAAAGGUUUUGGUGAUGGAUUACUCCUUUGCAGAAGUGACUUGUGUUCUUAAAGUGAAUUCACAGUGUGAGACGUGUAAGAGGAAGGUGAUGGAAGUCUUGCAGAGUCUGCGUGGAGUGUACAACAUGACGAUGGAUGCCGAUCAAGGGACAGUGAAAGUUACCGGGAGAGUAAAUCCAAAUGUACUUCUGAGGGUGUUGGAAAGAUAUGGUAAACAUGCAGAGGUAAAAUGGAUUAGGUUUGAUGGUGAGGUCAGGGAAAGAGGUUGCUAUUAUUAUGGAGAAAAUGGAUCUUUUCCUUCUCCAUAUCAUGGGAUGUCAUGCAAUUAUCCAGUGUUGGGAGCUGGGUAUGAUUACCCACCAUAUGGAGGAGGGUUUGAUCACUAUCCAUUGUAUGACACCUGCAGCCACAUCCCUCCACCACCGCUACCGCCACCGACACAAUAUCACCCAAUAGCGCCACCCUUUUUUCCUGUUCCAAUAGGACCCCAACCAUUGCCUAAAGUGGAUAGCAAUUAUGAAAGUUGCAUGCAGAUGUGAGGUACUGAUUUUUGGAUCACGUUGGUUUUUAAGGAUUUAGAUGUUUAUGUUCUGACUUCGUAUCAAAGUCCGUAAGGUUUACAAUUUUGAAGGGGCGUAAUUAUUUCAACAUGUAAGGGGGGUUUUUCAAGGAUUUAAUUAAAUGCUGUAGGGUCUAUAUGCACUGUCUAUCUUUUUUCUUUUGUUCCUUUUUCUGAAAUCCAAAUUAAAGCCUACACUAAAAUCAAUGUCACCCUCAUGCACGAUCAGAUCAUUCAUUCACAGUCCCACAUUAUAACUAAUUGUAGAGAUUGCAGUAUCAUUUCAACCAGAUGGGUCUUUACGAGUUUAUAUCCCUCAAAUGGUUAGUGUAGCAGAUUUCGAAGUUAUCAAGAGAAUGAAGGCAGUUUCAUGAAUGAGUACAUUAGUUGCUUUUAGAGGAAGAUAAGAUCUAGAGAGUACUUGGUCAUUCCUACAACGUUGUGUCUCUCUCCCAUUAAGUCCCACCUAAUUUGGAGGGGCCAGAAUCUCUCAGCCACUCAAAUUCACUCCUGUGCUGUAUAGCCUUCUAUGGGUGGGAAUCGAACAUGUUCAUUUAAAAUGAGAUCAACCUCAAAAUGUGAAGAAGAAUAAGAUCCUUCUGGAGAGAAGCUGCUCUCUCAUGUAAAUCCAUCUUGGAGAUGUGAAAAUGAAGGCUCUGGAGUUUCCAACCACAUGCUUGAUUAGUGUACAAGAUUUAAGUUAUCUUGCACCACGUGUACAACCUAUGCAAGCAAAUGCAACCUUCAAUCCCUUUCAGCUAUUGAAAACAAUUAUUGUCAUUUUGUUGUAACAAUAUUUUCUUCUUAACUCAGUAUUUUUCUGCUUUGAUUAUAAGACUAUGGCCUGAUAUUGC